AUGCUGUUAGCCCUGGAAAGAUACGAGUUAAGAAUUGUCUACAAGCCUGGCAAAGAGUUGUUCAUUGCUGAUGCUCUAAGCAGAAAUUACCUAGAAGAGACGAAAGAAACACUGGUGCAAGAACUCGAAGUAAACGAAGUCUACCUUACAGCCCACUUACCAAUAUCAGCUGAAAAGUACCAAGAAGUCCAGAAAGCCACUGCUGAUGAUGUUGUAAUGCAAGCAGGUCAAGAUACAGUUCUCAAGGGAUGGCCAAAAAAACAAAGCUAAUGCACAAUCAGAGAUCAAGCCGUAUUUGACAUGUAAUUGCCUGCAUUGAUGGCCUCCUCUUCAAGGGAAACAAUUUAAUUUUCCGAAGUCCCUUCGUCCACUGAUGCUAGACAUCAUACAUGAAUCACAUCAAGGGAUCGUGAAAUGCAAACAACGUGCAAGAGACCUCUUCUACUGGCCGGGAAUGACAAGUCAAAACGAGUAUAAAGUGUCAAAUCGAGGAUGAAAUGCAAACAACCCAACGUCCAAGAGACCUCUUCUACUGGCCGGGAAUGACAAGCCAAAUCAAGGAUAAAGUGUCCAAGUGUCAAGUUUGUUGUGAAUACUAGAAAGCCCAAGCAAGGGAGCCCAUUAUAACUAACAAGAUCCCUAACCGCCCCAGGGCGAAAAGUGGUGUGGAUUUAUUUGAACAUAACAAGACACAUUACCUAUUAAGUGUUGACUACUACUCCAAGUGGAUCGAAUUUGCCAGACUGGAUAACCAAAGCAGCAAAAACACCAGCACUUCCCUCCAAAGUCAGUUAUCCAGAUAUGGAAAACCAGAUCAGUUAUUGAGUGAUAAUGGUCCCCGAUUCAUAAGCGCAGAAUCCGCAGAGUUUUCUAGAAAUAUGGGUUCACGCACAUCACAUUAAGUCCUCAUUACCCGCAAGCAAACGGGGAGGCAGAGGGAGCCGUACAGACCGUGCAGUGUUUUCUCACUCAAAUGGUCGCAGACUGAAGACCAGUCUCCCAACACCAGCGUCACUUCUAAAAUCUCGAGCAUCCGAUGACGUUCAGCGAAUUCUGAAGAAACAGAAGGAGAAACAAAUGCAAUACUAUGACAAGCGCACAAGAAAAGAAUUACAACCAAUUCAACCAGGAGAGACAGUACAAAUGAAACAUGGAGAGAAAUGGGUUAAGGCCAAAGUUCUACACAAGCACCAGUCACCGAGAUCAUAUGUCAUUGAAAAUGAACAAAGACAAAGGUAUCGAAGAAACUGCCAUCACCUGCGUUCCAGUUAACUAUCAGAGAAUGACCAGAGGUGUGAUGUUAAAUAUUCCAACACCGAAGAGCCGAGUGUGAGCCGUGACAAAGCAAGAGCCACAGCCAAGAAUGCAGUAGGACAGUCCAGCCACGAUAUCAUCGACUCGCAGCACAAUCUUGUGAUAACAAGAUCUGGACGUGCAAGUAAACCACCUGAGUCUUUGAUAACCGGUAACUAUGCCUUUAAAAUAUCAUAACUAGUGACAGGUAAUAAUUUGCGAACAGUUGAAAACAAAAAACCGAAUAGCUAUAAUUGCAGUUGAUAUUAAGGUCGUUGAUUAAUAUUGGCAAGUUUUUUAUAAAAAAAGGGAGAUGUAAUCUAUGCAGAUGCUGCAAAGCAUCUUGGGAGUAAAUAUUUAUUGUCUUGAUUGCAUAACAUGGCGUGUGAUCCAGAAGACAUAACACAGACAUGUGGGUAUUUGGUAGCCCGCUUCAAGGAAGACCGGGUGUUUUGUACUUUUCGCGUUCGCACACGAACGCAUCAUUCUGGUUGGCAUUUUGUUGUUGGAUUCUAUAAUUAUAUCAGUGAUUCGCCACAAAGUCUCUCGAUAAGCUUAAUAUUGGAUCUGAACACUUUUUUCGACUAACAAUGGCAAGAACAGACCGUUUAUUGUUUACUUGAAGGAAGAAAGGUUUUUGCAUGCCGUUAUUCCAACGGGAGAUUGCUUGUCGUGAAGUAUUAGAAUAGCAACAUUACCACUGGGGUAAACUACAUAUGGAAUAAACCUUUUAAUACUUGAGUUUCGUUAAUUUCAAGCAGAUUUGAUACGUUUAUAUGUUCCUCAAGAUGCGCUAUUCGCCGCGGUGAAGAUUUAGAGCCAGUUGCAUGUAAGCCUAUUCGAAACACCUUGCGAUUUGCAGGGCUUCUCUGAGAGGGCGAAACAAGAAGACGGUAAUUGUCGCUUGAAACGAUCUGGGCUCACUUUUGUCGAGUUCUUUGCCAAAUUAAAUAACUGAAAUAUAAUCCGUACAUUCCCCCCACAAGAAUUAGACACACGAUCUCAUGAUAAUUGAGACAAUUUAUUUAUACCAAUGGCGAGAGAAGAACACAGUAAUUCUAAUGUGCAUGGUCGCACGACCUCCCUCACGAUUUGAAGUUUGAGACUGGUUUUCUCUCCUGCAAUGAUUUGAAGCUGACUGGUUUGCUGGCUUUUUUGCAGUUAAACGCAGCCAUUUACACACUGUUUCUAUUCUGAAUACGCAGAGAAAAUCCCUGAACAUGUUAAUGGAGUUUGUUUACUAUUUGGGUUGCUGUCAUUGGUUCUUUUUUGACAAUUGGCGCGCGAAUGGGGCGUGUUAUGAAAUGCGGCGUAUUACAAAACAACCGGCGGUCUUCCUUGCAGACCCACUAUUCUUCCCUCGGUUUUGGCAAUCGCGGUCCGUGCGAUAUGACUGGUUUUCAGCGACCAUUACGCGAGUUUGUAAAAUAUCUCCUCGCAAUAUUUUUGCCGUUUUGCACAAAAACUUAGAAAUUAAAACAAUGAUCGUGCAUUCGUGCUGCCAUGGCUAACGUGACGCGAGCAACGCGCGAGCCUGCGUUCAUUGGUAGCGAGAUUUAGAAUAUUUCAUGCUAAAAAAAAUGUUUGGGAAAGUAAAAGCGAGGGGUUGAUGCAUACAUGUUUUUCUAGUUGUAUCUGUGAUGUGUUAUGUUGUGGUUGUGUGGUAUGGCGUGGCAUAGUUAAUGAUGUGGUAUGUUAUGGUGUGGCAAAGUAUGAAGUCGUAUGGUUUGGUGUGGUAUAGGAUAGUGUCAAAUUGUGCGCUUUAUAAUAUUUUAACUCUUUCAGAUAUUGACGAAUGCUCUGAAGGGAACUUCAGUGGUUGUCCAGGUGCAUCUUGUAUCAACGCUCAAGGCUCAUACAACUGUCAAUGCAAAAACGGAUACGCUUGGGAUGGAAAACAGGAAUGUUUAGGUAUGAAGUCUCCAAAAGAACUAUGUUUUUAA